UGUUUGCAACGAGUAAGUUAGUCGCCACGUUUCCUGUUUGUAACCGAAAAAGUCUAAAGACGAUAAAAAUAGCAGCAAGACUGGUGCACUGCUCCUUCAACAUGCUCACGUACAGUUGAAGGGUUUUAUAAGACAAGAAAUUUAUUGACCAUUUGAGCCAAAUUCAAGAUGUCAGAUUUUCAAUGCAUCGGUGCAUAUGUGGCUGUUUCUCUGACAUCUAUAGCACUGCUGAUAUCUGUGUGUUUAAAUGUUGCACUCUAUUUAUUAAGAAGACAGGAAAGACGCAAAGCAGCAAACAGAGACAUAUUUGAAUAUGGAGAGGAGCCAUUCCGUCGAAAUUCAAUGCAGUCAGACAGGUUUGAGGAUGAGAUGGAAAGACAGGAAAAUCCAAUUUAUGGGAAUAUAUGUUUAGAUGGAGGAGGAACUUUCGGAAUUUCUGAAAAUGUGUGCUAUGAACAAAUGUCACAUGCAAGCGCAGCAAAGCGGGUUUUAAAGGUCCAGCAGGGAGAUGUGUCUUAUGCCUCUUUGGAUCUGACUGCCAAUAAAAAGCAUAGGAAGAAGAGAAAAUACCAAAAACAGGGUCAGACUCACCAGGCCAAAACAUGUUCGCAACCUUCUGCCCAACAGAACUGCCUGGACCAGGACACCGAGGAUGAAGUCACCCUCCCAUCCCGGACCAGCAGUCUCAUGGUAUCCCGCCAUAGUAUCUACCUCAACAGCCAUCAAGUAGCCCUGGAGGCAGAAGAGAGGGAGAGAGAGAGGGAGAGGGAGAAAGAAAAAGAAAGAGAACAGGAGAGAGAUGACAAUGGAGAGAAAGUGAGCAGAAAUUUGCAUGAAGGUUUUGAUCACUCACUCGGUAGAUCAAGACAAUGUCUAGAACAGAAUAGUUAACAGUUUGAGUAAAAAAAAAAAAAAAAACUUUUUUGUCUAUAAAAUAAUCACAGCAUACUGUGGGACGGAACUGGAAACAGCUCAGAAUUUACAAGCGAAAGAACUUAACGUCGUCGUAUAACACGGGUCACAGGCCUGCGUGUGUUGUGUAGAACUUGGAUGACAAGUGAGAAAAUUCUCAUAUCUGUCUUUGCAAAUGUAUGCAGUGGAAAUCAACAUCUCUUCAGAGGUUGUGUCAAAUAGAGAAUUUCCUCCAAUUUGCUUUCUUUUUUCUUGCAUUUGAAGACUAUACAUGUACUAAGAAAAAUAUGUUAACAGAUAUUUAUCUGCUUGAUUCUUAUUGCUGUAUUUUAAGAUGUUUAAGACAAAAAUAAAUGUUUGUGCAAAAGUAUAUUUAUGAAUAUUCAAGUCAUUUGGUGUAACGAUGUACUAUGUACAAAAUUAAAAUAAGAUGUUUUAUAACUUAUAAUAUGUUGUUUCAUAGAUUUUUAAUGUGACUUGUCUGAAUUACCUGUCGGCCUGCGGCCAAAUCACAG